AUGGUGCUGGCAUUGCUGGCACAUCCGCGCGGCCCGAACGGCGAUACCGGGUGGCCUCGCGAGCGGGGUGCUGUCGGGCAGGGCAGUGCUGCAGCCCGACCAGGACAGUGGGUGUCGGCCGGCGUGCUGGGCUUGUGCAGCGGCGGCGGGCUGGCGGACUUGCAGGUUGACGUGGACACCAGCAACAUGUCACAGGACGACAUGCUGGAGUCCGCGUCGCUGCAGCGGGCCAGGCUCUCCAUGGGCGUGGCGCUGGAGGCGGAGUGGCCCUUCCGUGGACGAAGGCUCGUCGGCGCCCAGCCUUGCCUGAAUCGAGGGCACGCGGGCCACGGCGGAUUACACGCUGGUCAAGCCGAUGAUGCGCAGCAGCAUGUCCUUCCGAGCCGUUGCCAGAUUCCUGUCACCAGGCGGGGCGCUUCCGAACGCCACUCCCAGGUACGCUCGUGA